AUGAAAGGCGAAAAUACAAUUAUUAAUUCCGUGAAUUCUGAUUCUAGCACAGCAAUAGCGCAUUAUAAUAAAGAAGAAGAAAAUUUAUUAAAGAUAGAUAAAAAUACACCUGGUCAACUUCAAUGUCACCAUCAUAUUAACGAACAAAAAAAUGGAGACGAUGAUUAUUGCGAAGAAAACGAAAAAGAGAAAUUAGUUUGUUAUAUUUGUACAGAGAAAAUUGAAAUACAUGCAAUUUCACAAUGUAAUCAUAGAAUAUGCCAUAUAUGCUGUCUUAGGUUAAGAUAUUUAUUUAAAUCUUAUAACUGUGCAUAUUGUAGAGAUAAUUCUUGCUGGCAUGAAUUAUCAAAACUUGGAAUAUUUUGUGAAGAUAAAACUAUUUACGAAAAAUCAAUGGAUUUAAUUAUACCAAAGUGUCCAAUAGACGACUGUAAAUUCCAAUGUUAUAGUAAAAAUGAAGACGUUGACGAUGAUGAGGCGAAUAUGGAGCAGGAAAAUCAGGAUGGAGUAUUUGAACUUUUGUAUGAACAUGUUAGAGAAAUUCAUAAAUUAACAUAUUGGUAA